CUAACUCUCUCCAUUUCUCUCUCCUCCAGUGGGAGAAGAUGAGUGAAGCCACAAGCCAGCUCACUGUUAGCACCUCACUCCCAUUCCAACCCGCUGCUCUCUCUCUCUCUCUCGCUCUCUGCGUUUCUCUUUCUAUUUCUCUUCAAUUCCUGCAAUAAUUUUCAAAGCCAUUUCGCAUUAAAUCCAACGUUCUGAGCUUGACCCACAAUUUCCAGCUCACAGGCUCAGAGCUGCUGUUUUGGGGGGUCUGGAGCUUCCCAUUUCCUUCCAAAUGCAGUUACUCAACAUGGGUUCCAUUAAUUUCAUUGCUAUUUCCGAUCCGGAGAAGCUACACAGCAGUAAUUUCAGCUUCCCAGCUCGGCAUUCCUUGUAAAGAUUACUCAGACAACAAGGGUUUUCUGCAAAUGCUCCCAGGAAAGUGUCGGUGCAAUUACCUCAUGAAAAUGUUCUCCGCCUACAAAUUGCUUUGUUUUCUUUUUGUUCUUACAACUCUUCUUCCCCUGGCAAUUGGAGAUCUAAAGUCAGAUGAACAAGCUCUUCUUGCAUUUGCUGCCUCUGUUCACCAUGGUCGCAAAAUUAACUGGAAUCCUGGAAUCCCUAUCUGCUCAUCUUGGGUUGGCAUUAAUUGUAGUAGUGAUGGAACCCGUGUGGUCACUGUUCGACUUCCGGGAGUUGGACUCACUGGUACAAUCCCUGAAAAUACCCUUGGAAAAUUAGAUGGUUUAAGGAUUCUCAGUCUUCGAGCCAAUCUCCUAAACGGGACUCUUCCUUCUGACCUCACUUUGCUUCCCGCUCUCCGCAACCUCUUCCUUCAACAUAAUAACUUAUCUGGUCAAAUACCAACUUUUUCUCAUCAACUGAGCAUUCUCGAUCUUUCAUAUAAUUCCUUCAGCGGUAGCAUUCCUUCGAUGAUUCAGAAUCUGACCCAACUCACUGCACUGUACCUCGAGAAUAACUCUCUCUCUGGAUCUAUACCUAAUCUCGCACUUCCAAGGCUGAAGCAUCUGAAUUUAAGUUACAACCAUCUUAACGGUUCUAUCCCAUCGACCCUUAAAAGGUUUCCCAAUUCAUCGUUUGUAGGAAACUCUUUCUUAUGUGGAUUACCUUUAAGUCCGUGUUCCCCUCUUCAACCUCCAUCCAUUGGCCCCAGUGCCUCUUCACCACCUGUUGAUCACAGUCACAAGAAGAAACUUAAACUAGGAUAUAUUAUUGCCAUUGCAGCAGGUGGAGCAGUGGUACUCUUUCUACUAGCUCUAAUAAUUUUCUUGUGCUGCCUGAAGAGAAAAGCAAGUGAUGGCCGUGUACUCAAAGGAAAGCCCUCUGGUGGAGGAAGGAGUGAGAAACCCAGCGAAGAAUUUGGUAGUGGGGUCCAAGAGCCAGAGAAAAAUAAGCUGGUUUUCUUUGAGGGCUGCUCGUACAAUUUCGAUCUUGAGGACUUAUUGAGGGCGUCAGCAGAAGUGCUUGGAAAGGGGAGCUUUGGGACGGCAUACAAGGCUAUUCUGGAGGAGUCAACAACAGUGGUCGUUAAACGGUUAAAAGAAGUGAUUGUAGGGAAGAAGGACUUUGAACAACAGAUGGAGAUCAUAGGUAGAGUUGGACAGCACCCAAAUGUUGUUCCUUUGCGUGCUUAUUAUUACUCCAAGGAUGAGAAGCUCCUAGUCUAUGAUUAUUUUUCAAGAGGCAACUUGGCAAUGCUUCUACAUGGAAACAGGGCUGCUGGGAGAACUGCUUUGGACUGGGAAACAAGAGUUAAAAUAGCCCAUGCAGCAGCAAGGGGGAUUGCCCAUAUCCAUUCCAUGGGUGGUGCCAAAUUCACUCAUGGAAAUAUAAAAUCCUCAAACGUUCUCAUCAACCAAGAUAUAGAUGCUUGUGUCUCUGAUUUUGGUUUAGCCCCUCUCAUGAAUUUCCCUGCAGCUCGGUCUCGGCAUCCUGGGUACCGUGCUCCCGAGGUGAUUGAAACACGGAAGCACACACACAAGUCAGACGUGUACAGCUUUGGCGUGUUAUUACUAGAGAUGCUUACUGGGAAACAGCCCGUUCAAUCACCUGGCCGUGAUGAUAUGGUUGAUCUCCCGAGGUGGGUUCAGUCGGUGGUUAGGGAAGAGUGGACUGCAGAAGUCUUUGAUGUUGAACUGAUGAGGUUUCAAAACAUUGAAGAAGAGAUGGUGCAGAUGCUGCAAAUUGGCAUGGCGUGCGUUGUAAGGGUUCCAGAUAUGCGACCCAGCAUGGAUGAAGUUGUUCGGAUGAUCGAAGAGGUCAGGCAAUCUGACUCUGAAAACCGGCCAUCUUCUGAAGAGAACAAAUCUAAGGACUCAAAUGUGCAGACCCCUUGAUUCUUUGGACAUGUUCAUUCUCCUGUUUCUGAGUUCUGACCUGUAAGUUGUGGAAGUCGUUUCGUUUCGUUCUAAUUCAAUUCAAAGGCCCAUUGGCGAAUUCAUGGUGUAUAUGCUCAGUGAAGUGAGGAUUUGGAGACUGAAUUUACUGAUUGAUUUUCCUUUUAAUUUCUUAGACAGUUUAGCCAUUCAUCAUCAAUCAUCAUUACCUUGUUCAGAAUUGCCUUUGCUUUCAUCAUCAUUUGUUGUAAAACCCCAUUGUAGAAAACCAUCAACAGCUGAUUGAUGAUCUUUUCUCUAGAGUCCUUUUGACAAGAAAUGUUGGUGCAACAUUAUUUUUUUUUUCCAGUAAUAACUCAUUUUAUUGUGAAAGUGAAUCAAUCCUAUAUUAGGCUUGUUUCCA